UCAUAAACUCAUAAACUUAACACUUUUGUUUUAACUUUUAAUUAGUCCAAAAGAAAAUGAUGAUGAACAAAGUUGUAUUGGGUUCGAUUCUGUUUUUCAUGUUGGUUAGUUCGGUUCUUGUCGUGGAAGCUCGUCCGUUGGGUUUAACCAAGGCUGAAGAGAAGCUUGUUGCUAAGUUCUUUGAUGGUUUGUCACUUGGGGCGAUCAAGGAGUCGGGUCCUAGCUCUGGUGGUGAGGGUCAUCAUUUCGUGGACCGGACUGAGACGAUUGGGUAUGGUAAACACUCUGGUCCUAGCACCAGCGGACCCGGUCAUUAAUUUCAGACGGGACCAGUUAAGGUGGCUGAUUUGGACAGGACCAGUUAAGGUGGCUGAUUUGGUUUAAUUUAUUUUUUCAGAUUUAUUUAUUAGGAUAUUUAUUUUUAUGCUUAGAACUGGGGGAAAUCAAGAAUUGGUAUAGCCUCAUUUUGUUCUAUGUAGGAUUAUUCUUUUGUUAAUUAUUGAAAUUCAUUUGAUAAAAAAAAUGUACUCAAUGUAAUAAUUUGUAAUUCAUUUAUUAUUCUGAUUAUAUUGGAUAAAAUUACUGGA